AUGGAUAACAAAACAGUUAAAUCUGAGUCAACUCCUCUUGUCAAGAAAGACCAGUCUGGCUUUGUUCAGCUAAUGAAGUCAUUUGCCCUUUUAAAAGACUCUCCGAGAGAUUUAUUUAUAACAAUCCCAAUUAUAAUUCUCAUGACAAGUACAUACCAAACUUUGAUGAUAGUAAGCACUCUUUAUAUGAUUGAAAUAUGAGAUUUCAGUGAUUUGCUAGCUGGUUUUAUAUUUGCUAGUUACGGAAUAGUAGGAACUUUCUACUGCUUUGUAGUUGGAACAAUCCCUGAUUGACUUGGUGUGAAAACUACAUACAUUUUGAUUUCCUUGAUGUGCCUAACUGGAUAUUUAAUGCUAGUCUUUAUCCCUCAACCAGUUAUUCAAAUUAUAACCCUUCUAUUUAUAAUCCUCUCUGCAAAUUUAGCAUUUCUUGCAUGCCAUAAAUUGGCUAUAGCAAAACUAACGACAAUCCAAACUCGACCUGCAGGCUUUUCUCUAUACAACGCAUUAGUGCAUGUUUCAGGGCUUAUGUCUGGGAUCUACACAGAUUUAAUCCUAAGUCUCAAUGGAGAAAAUAGGCUGAGUUUCCAAUUGAUUUUUGGAAUAUGCGCUUUAUGCUUUUUAUUGGCAUUAUUUUUAAGCUUGGCGCUAUCAAGAACGAACUUGCAUGAAGAAGAAAUAAACAAAAAAAGCGAAUCGCUAGUAUCCAUGCUCAAAGAAAUUUAUGUGCUUAAAAGAUUUUGGAGGCUACUAACGUUAAUUUUGCUAACUGUUAUUAUUAGGACUGCUUUUGUUCACUCAAUGGCAACUUUGCCAAUAUAUAUGAAUAGAGAAAUGGGCUCAGAUUCUCACUAUGGCUACGUGUUUGCGAUUGAGUCGAUUUUCUUGAUCAUAUUUUCGCUUACGAUGACUUUUAUAGUUUAUUACAUGUCUUUGUACUCAACAUUAAUUGUUGCAGGCACCAUAAGCACAGCUGCUCCAUUAGUUCUAGUUUUUGGUGCUAGCUAUUGGACUGUUUUUACUUUUGCUAUUUUAGCUGGGCUAGGAGAAUCAAUCUGCACUCCGAGAAUGAUUGAAUAUACAAAGCAAGUUGCGCUGCAGGGAAGAGAAGGAGUUUUCUUGUCACUAAAUACAAUUUCACUUGUCUUGAGCCUUACAGUUGCUGGAUUUUCAUCAGGGUGGUUUUUAGGCGAAUUUUGCCCAGAUGAUGGGGAAAGAGAAUGCUGGGCGAUGUGGUAUAUCCAUUUGCAAUAAAUAAAAGAAAUGUAGCUGGCUGACCUUAGUUAUUUUAGAUAAAUAAAUUUCUGAAGAACUAUUAAAAUGGUAUAUUUGAUAUCAGGAAUUUGUUUAGCUGGAACACUUUUGAUGGUCUUUUUAAGAGAAUAUAUUGAGCAGCCUAAAGAUGAGCUACAGCCGAAUUGCUGUAAUAGAGAUUAA